AUGUGGCCGCACAAGGUGAUACUUCCUUCCUUGCUGUUAUCAUCUGGCUUGCCAGCAGUCUCAGCGCAACAUUGCACCACUGACCGUCCUUUACGAGAAAGACAAAAAUUUCCCCGCAGCCCUGUGCAUCGAAUUACAUACAACAACAUCGGAGGUGAAGGGAGCUUCAACGAGGUUGUCGGUAUGGGGGCGAACGGCGAAUGUCAGACGAGACAAAAGUCAUUCCGAGGACCCCUAGCACCAUUAGACGAAGAUCCAAGUACGAGAGAAAAGCUGUCGCUACAUUUCCGCGGACCGUUGCACCUCAAAGAAUUCGCGGUGUACAACACUUCAAGAAUAAAGAAGCGUGACACAGUGUCGAACCCGGAAAAGCAGAAGGCAGAUCAGAUCACUGUUGAAAGAACAGAUACAGUCGUGGCAACGAUCAACGGGCAGGUGGUCUCAUGGAGAGACAACUGGUUUGGUCCGCAAUCUACUAGGCCAGUUUCCGUCGGCUCGGUCAAGUGGACAACAUCGACAUCUCCAGCAAGUACACCCAGCCACCAACCAGCCCCCCUUGGUGGCGAGUGGAGGCGUGUUGCUUACUACAGCGCCGAGAGAAGGACUGCACAAAAUGUCGUGUUUUUGGGAAAUUACGGGGGCCAGGGCUCCGGUCUUUUUGACAACGUCUGGGGUAAUUCGCUCUCCUAUUUGAACGCUGAUGGAAACGGAGGCUCCAGCUCUGCCCAGAUUUUGAAAGACGUCUCCAUUCCGUCAAAUACAGAGUUCUCCAUCUUCAGUGCUGAGAGAUGUGGCAAUAGUUGCGGAUUCUCCCGUGCCCGUGACGUUGCGUACAAGGGCUUUGAAGGGGCCAACAAGAUAUUUCUAUUUCAUUUCAAAAUGCCAUUGGAUGGUGACCGCGGAUUUAAUGGCGACAUGCCAGCUCUUUGGGCCCUCAAUGGCCGUAUCCCCCGCACUGCCCAGUAUAAUUCUUGCAGCUGUUGGACUACAGGAUGUGGCGAAGUCGACAUUUUCGAAGCCCUAGCCAAGGGAGACAGGAAAUGCAUAAGCGCGUUCCAUUUAACCAAAUUUGCUCAGAGCCCGAACUGGUUCGACCGGCCUGUAGAUCGUUAUGUCAAAGUCGCUGUUAUGUUUUUCGGGGCCUCAUCUAGUGUCGUCAUUACAAAAUUGCCCUACGAGACAGAGUUUUCAGAUGACCUAAAGGACAGCCUGGUGGAGUCAUGGUCUGGUAACUAA